AUGUCUUGGUACCAAACGAGUAUUACACUAAAUUCAAAAGCAAGAGGAUGUCACCUAGUGACAAGCGAGAUAUUGAGACAAGUUCCUGAAAUAAAAAAUUAUAAGAUUGGAAUGGCGAACUUAUUUUUACAGCAUACUUCCGCCUCACUUUGCCUAAAUGAAAAUGCGGACCCAGAUGUAAGAACAGAUAUGGAGAUGGGGUUAAAUAAGUUGGUUCCCGAAAAUUGGCCUUACAUUCACACUGCCGAAGGUUCUGAUGACAUGAACGACUUUCGACAGAAUGCUUUAUAUGAAUUCGUUGGAAUAUUAUGGAAGCCCGCCCAUUUGAAGAAUGCUUUAAUUGGCGCAUCAUUGAACAUACCCAUCACCAACGGGAAAUUGAAUAUGGGAACUUGGCAGGGCAUCGAUCAUAUGCAUCUGGAAGAAGAAUUGUUGUCACUUUACAAGGUGAAAAAAAAUAAAAUGAUUGAGCGAGCGCUCUGGAUGUGCCCAACAAUCACGGUGUUGAUGUUGAGAGUUAAAAGGGCAAUCACAUAA